AUGAAGAUGUCACCUCUGCUGUGGCGAGUGCUGUCAGUGUGGCUCUGUGUCGCUGUGCUCUCCCGGUACCCUAGUUGCUAUGUUGGUUGCAAAGAGUCGCCCCAAGAGGCCCAGAGGACCAUGUCCCCACAGGACGUCAGUUCGGAGGAAGAGUUGGGGGAGAACACUCCUCAUGAAAAGGUUGAGGAGAGCUGGGUCUUACCUGCCCAGUCCUUGUCUGACAAUGAGCUGCUGUUAGAAGAUAAUCAUCAAAACGAGGAGCAGACAACACAGCACAUGGUCAAAAAAGAACAAGAUUCAGAGGCCUUGGAAGUGCAAGUGUCCAGUAUUGAGGCAGAAAAGGAGGCAGUCAAGGAAAUGUCACAAUCAGAGCAAGAACCUGAGCCAAACUCAGAAAAUCCAAAUCAUGACACCUCUGUUGUUCAAGAGCAUGAUUCACCUGCUCUGCUCCCAUCAUCUGACCCUGUCUCUGGUUUUUCCGCUGAGCUUAAUGACAAUCCCAGCAUCAUCAAGCUUCAAGACAGUGUCACAAAAAGUGUUUUAGAGGAUGAAUCUGAAGAAGCUGCACCUGAUGUUGUUGAAUCUGAGCUGCCUCCUGCUGACUGUGAAGAAGAAGACAAUCCGUAUGACUAUGAUAGCAGUCCUCCGAUUGUUCUGGAGAACACUUCCAAUGUUCACACUGCAGGUACUAAAACCCACACUGACCCUCCUCUGACACCUUCAGUCGGAGACAGCACGCAGCCUCUGGAAGUCAACACAUCACAUGUGGUGAGCGAGCAGGACCUGAGCUCCCCUGUCACCACAGAAACGGAUCCCAGUGUGAACAGCAAGGACCCAGAGGACAUCCCUACUUUUGAUGAGUGGAAGAGAAAGAUGAUGGAGGUGGAGAAAGAGAAGACGCUGUCUACUCACCCCUCUAACAAUGGUGGUUCUCAUACACUGAAGAAGGCCCAGAAGAACUUUAAUAACUAUGCCUCAGUGGAAUGUGGAGCCAAGCUCCUUGGUGCUAACCCAGAAGCUACGAGUACUUCAGGGAUAUUGAAUGAAAACAUGGACUCGUACAUGUUAAACCCCUGUAGUAACAAGAUGUGGUUCAUCUGUGAGCCCAUCCAGGUGAAACAGCUGGACAUUGCAAACUUUGAACUAUUUUCCUCUACUCUCAAAGACUUUCUGGUCUCCAUUAGUAGAUACCCAACAAAUAACUGGUUAAAACUGGGAACCUUUCAACUCAGGAAUGAGCGCACAGUCCAGAGCUUCGUAUUAGAUGUGCAUCCCUAUGCUAAAUAUGUGAAGGUUGAGUUGGUCUCUCACUUUGGCGCUGAACAUUUCUGUCCCCUCAGUCUCAUAAGGGUGUUUGGGACGAGCAUGUUAGAAGAGUACGAGGAGAUAGCUGAACCCUAAGAAAGACCAGAUGAUCAGGAAGAUGACCUGGAUAACCCAUCUGAAUACGCAGACCAGAUAUCCAAGAAUCCAAUCGGAUCAGCAAAAGUUUUCAUUCUGAACAUGGUCAAUAACAUUGCUGUCAAUGUUCUCGGUGGAGGCCCAGAGAUGCAAGUCAAUUUAUCAUCCCAGGAAGUGAACAUGAUUGAGAUGUUUUGGACGAGCAUGGUAGAAGAGUACGAGGAGAUAGCAGAUCCCACAGAAAGACCAGAUGAUCAGGAAGAUGACCUGGCUCCAGACCCUGUCACAGAACUUGAGCCCUCUGGUGGCCCUUUAGUCAUCACUGAGAAUAAAAUGGAGGAUCUCACUGACGACAUCUCUACAUCUUCAGGUGGUUACCUGCCUCAUCCCUCACCUGCCUCACCAUCCCUCCCAGUCUACUAUCCAGUGAUCCCCAAUGAUUCAGACGACCGCAUCAAGGCCCUGGAGAUGGAUGUGUCGCUCAAUGGACGCUACCUGGAGCUGCUAAGUCAGUGGUACCGUAAGCAGAUGGCGGAGAUAGAGGAAGCUUUCAAAAACACCUCAAGAGUUGCAAAGGAACAGGACCUGCGUCAGAUUGAGUCCAUUCAGUUGCUGCAGGGCCUUCUGGAGAAUGUGACUAAGCUGGUUCUCAACCUGUCAGACAGAGUGAGCCAGCUGGAGAAUGAGGUGUCUGACAGGCAGAACUACCUGCUGCUGUUUCUGGCGCUGUGUGUGUGGCUCGGCCUGUUGCUGUGUGCAAACCACUGCUGCAUCUCCACGAUUCCCCCAGCCACAGAACCAGAGGCUCCCAUACCCAAGAGCAACACCUACUGCAGCCCUGAAAGGCAGUUAUCUUCUGGUGAUGAGACGGGCUUGAGGAGGAGGACGUUUGGAGUGAACGUUGCCCUCUCAGGUCCUGUCUGACAGAAGAGAAGAGACGAACUUACAAAGCCUCCACUUCUCCUCACUCACUGCAAAAGUCUUUCUUAAAGAGCAUGAAUGUUCAUUUCUGUAGCCACAGGAAGCCUUAAGCUCCACGAUGAGACUGUCCCUUCACUCUCACUGUUCACUUUUGU